AUGCCACCAGAUGCGACGCUUCAGCCGGGCCGCUACAUGUAUCAAGAGGGGCCUGCCCAGAGUACCUUCGAGAUAGUGUGGCAGGAAUCCCAGUCACAAUAUCUGUUCUCACAGGCUCUGGACGGCCAGGGGCCACGGACCGGUGUACUCGAAUGCCUUGAGAGGGGGCGAUGGAAAGCAUCUCUAUGCAGCACUUCCAGCACGCCGUUGUUGGUCUUGAAGCUGGAACCGUUGUGUUCGACUCCCUGUGUGCUACAAAUGGAUCGUUCUGAUGGCCUUUGCUGCCGGGCACAGCGACUGGAAGAGUCCGAAGAAUGGAAGGAGAUCCUGGCGCAGCCAGUGGACACCGGAAAAGCGAUGCUCAUCACGGCGGCACCGGGCAGUGGCAAGACCACCCUGCUGAGAGAAUGGUGUCGAGGGAGGCCGAACAACAACAUUCUCGUGCUGGCCUUCAACCGGGCAGUGUCUGAGCAGAUGAGGGAAAACUUCAGAGAGCUCGGCAACGUGACGGUGAAGACCAUCCAUGCAGUGGCUCACGGAGCCACACGGCAUCUCCACAAUGACAGGGUGGGUGAAGUAUCGGGAACAGAUCUCAAAACUUUUCUCGAGUGCCGGACUUGGGACGAAGUGGACAGCCAAAGGAAGAGGCUCACGGAGUUUUGUGCGUCUUCUUCUGAUCGGCUGCUUGGCCAUCCGGAUCCUCGAACGCGACAACGGCACAAGGUCCUGUGGGAGCACUUUGGAUCGGGAAGGUGCUCCUUCAGAAUGCCUCACGAUGUGUACUUGAAGUUCUUCCAGCUGGACAAAUCUCUUCGAAGCAAGGCCUUUGCCGACUACGACACGAUUGUCCUAGACGAGGCGCAGGAUUGCACAGACUGCAUGUUGGAUGCGGUCAAAAUCCACCAGGCAGCAUGUGUGAUGGCAUGUGACCCUCGACAGAACAUCUAUCAGUUCAGGCACGUCACUGGAGAGUGUCUUCGCGGCAUGCAGGUCGAUCAUCGGAUGAGUUUAUCACAGAGCUUCAGGUUCGGGGAAGCGAUUGCAGCCUUUCUGACGAAAAUUGCCCGGAAAAGCCCGCCACCGGUAGAUUUGGGCUUCACGGUACGCGGACUGCCCGGCAUUGAGUCUCGUCUCUGCUUGGACGCCGAUCCUCAUGACGCGAUUCUCCAGCUCCUGCGCGACGGCAAGAAUGCGGUCGUGCUCGCUAGAAAAAACAGUACUCUCUGGUUGGAGGCAAUGAAACUGCUAGCAGACAUGGAUGAUGACAAGGCAGCUGCUUUCGUCGGCGGUUUCCAUGAAUUCGCAACGUCGCAGCUCAUACCUGUCCUAGACCUCUUCUUCUUGAAGGAGGGCCGCAUAUCCGACAUCCGGUCACCUUAUGUCAACAAGUUCAGGAGUCUGGACUCAUUUCGAGGCCUUUGUGAAGAUAAGCAGGACAUGGACUGGCUACCCAAGUUUAGCCUCUUGGAUUCACUGAGCAGCAAAAUGGGGUCCACACAGUUUGCGGAGUACCUCGACGAGGUCGCGGGCAAGCUCUCGGCCCAGAGUCAUGAGGCGGAUGUGGUCUUUGCUACGGUUCAUCAGUUCAAAGGCCUCGGUUUCGAGAAUGUGGUACUGCUUGAGGACUUCUUGGAGUCCUACACCGAAGAGGAGUACAACAUCUUCUACGUGGCGUGCUCUCGGGUGUCCACUGGCACACUUUUCGUAAGACCGGGGACCGUGCGCCUCUUAGAAUCCGGAGGCAAUCGCAGGAAGAGGCCUCGUUCGGCUCAAGAUUUCGAUGACUACUUCGAUGAUUGCUUCGAGCCCAUGUUUGAUGAAGAGCCGUAUCCACUCAGCGACGAGGACGAGGAAGAGUUUUGGGCUCCCUCGGAUGGGGGGGAGAGUGCAUACGAGGACGAGGAUCCAGAAGAGGCAGACGAGGAAGAGGAAGACACCCAGGAGCCGUGA